GAAAGAGGCCUUUAUAUUGGCUGCUGCUUUUCUGUGCUCAUGUUUCAUUGGUUCGAGGGUAGCUGAGCCCAGAUGCCAUCGGUCCUCUAAGGUUUCCUUCAAAACAGAGUUCAUUGUCUUGAUGUUGAACACUGAAACAGAACAGCAAUUGUGUUGGCAUAUCAGUUUUGGGUUUUUUUCUUAUAUGAAAGAGCCUCAACGGUGGGGCUACAUCAGGUGCUUUGGACUUUUUCCAGUGCCGAUGUAAGAGGCGCAUUGCAGCGAUGGUUCUCCUCACCACUAAGAUCAUGCAAAGGACGGCAGUCUUUGUAACCUUCGGGGGGCUGGUGACCUCCUUGAUCACCACCUUCCUCCCGCUGUGGAAGACGAUGAAUUCGGACUUGAACGAAGUGGAAAACUGGUAUUCGGGACUGUGGCACAUGUGCCUGUACACGGAGGAGGUCGGGGUCCAGUGUAAGGCCUACGACUCCUUGCUGGGACUUCCUGUGGACUUGCAGAUUUCCAGGGUGCUCAUGUUGGUGUCGCUAUGCACCGGCGGUCUGGCUCUGCUGGUCGCCGUGCCGGGACUGGACGGGGUUCACGUGUGUUUGGACCGGUGUGGAGAGAGGAGAAGGUUCCUGAUCCUGUGCGGGGUGCUCUCCUGGGUGUCGGGGAUCAGCGCACUGGCUCCGGUGUCCAUCGUGGCGUACGCCACCGUGGUGGAGUUCUGGGAUAAAGGUUUGCCCGACGUGAUGCCGCGCUGGGAGUACGGAGAGGCCGUGUUCUCCGGCUGGUUUGGAGGUUUGGCGUUGCUCACUGGGGGGACUUUGUUCUUUGUUGCCGUGUGCAUGGCCGACUACGACCUGCGGACGCCAAGUGUGACCAACAGUCCGCACGUGAUGCACAGGGCACAGCAAUACCGCAAGACAGAGAUUUUGUAAAAAAAAAAAAAAAAAAAAAAAAUGAUUAUUAUUAUACAGUAUACAUAUUUUCCCCCUUUUUAAAAAAAAAAAAAAUAUAUAUAUCUUUUUGCCAAAGUAAAGAAAAUAGCAUUUUAUAGGCCCCGUGGACUUGUGGCCAAGGCAGACACAAUCUGCUUAUGUACGAAGCAUUCUCAUAUCGGUAAUUCUAUUGAGAAAGAAGUCAAGUCACUUGUUUGAGUUGUUGUUGUUUUUUCUGUUCCUUUGAAAAAGUCAUUGGAGGAAGUUCAUGUAACAAAGUCCAAAAACAAAAGUGUCUAUUCAGACUGAUUCAUCCAAAUGUCAUCACACAAUUUUAAUCAUGGAGUUUUCAUUUUCACAGCAACCCUUUGAAAAGGUUAUCAGUCUUCUGGCAAAUUGAAGCAUUUUCAUCAUCUUUUAUUGAUUGAUAUGAUCAUUAAUCACAGGAAAAGAGAACACAUAAACAGGAUUAGUGCUGUGUGAUUUGUUGAAAUCCAACCAGUAGAAACAUACAAAUUGGGAGAUUAAUAUGGAAUGUGGUUACAGACAUAAUGACAUCCAUGAGUGUUG